UGCCUUGAUUUUCUGCACUGCGGCGGAUGACGAGGAUGACGGUGAUGAUGGCAGCAGGUGGCAAUGCUCAACAUGCAGCAACGAUGAUGAUGCUGUUGAGAGGCGGCAGUCGUGCCUUGGCGAGGAACGCGGCGCUCGGGCACGCCUGUGGCUGCAGACGACUCCUCCACAGUGGACAGAGGGUAGGCUUGGCGUGGCAAGGUGUAGCCAUGAGGCAGCAGCAGCAAGCACGACCACUAAACCAGGUGCUGUAUCGUGCCCUGAGCUCGACCAGCACCAAGCUCAACUCCAACGUCAAGGACAAGCCAAACACGACCAUCCAGAAGCAGAGAACCACGCCGCAGCAAGUGAACGCUGAGAAUGAAUCCAUGGCGAGUGGCGACAUUGUUCGCGGCCUCGGCCGGUUCCUCUGGCCGGACAAGGCGUGGGAUCUCAAAGCACGUGUGCUCGGGGCACUGGCGCUGCUCGUCUCCUCCAAGGUGUUGAAUGUGCAAGUGCCGUUCUUCUUCAAGGAUGCAGUUGACAUGCUCAACGACACGGCAGACACGGUCGCCUCCAUGUCCCCCGUCACCGCCGUCUUCACCUCCGCCGGCGCCAUGCUUGUUGGAUGGGAGGCGAGCGUUGGGCAUCUGGUGAUGGUGAACGGACUUCUGUUCCAGCUGGCGAUGCCGCUCAACUUCCUUGGCACCGUGUACCGCGAGGUCAAGCAGUCGCUCAUUGACAUGCGCACACUCUUCGACAUCCUCGCCCUCAAGCCAUCCAUCACUACGCCAGAGAACGCGCCAGAUCUGAAACUGCCAGAGUUUGUUGAGUCGCGCAAGAAGGAUUUCCUCGGACACGCCCCCGCCAUCAUCACGCCGACAGAGCAGCCGGCCAUUGAGUUUGAUCGCGUGUCGUUUGCGUAUGACAGCGGCCUGCGCGUGUUUGAGGACGUCUCGUUCCAGAUUCCGUUUGGAAAGAAGGCCGCCAUCGUUGGGCCCAGCGGCAGCGGCAAAUCCACUGCGCUUCGUCUCCUCUAUCGCUUCUACGAUCCAGAGUCGGGCUCCAUCCGCAUCAACGGACAGGAUAUCCGGGAAGUGAACUUGCCAAGCCUCCGCGCCGCCCUGGGCGUUGUUCCCCAGGACUGCGUGUUGUUCAACGACAGCAUCUUCUACAACAUCCAGUACGGGCGCCUGUCGUCGACGGAGGAGGAGGUCCACGCCGCUGCCCGCAUUGCUGAUCUCCACCACAUCAUCCACAAGCUUCCACAGCAGUACGAGACCGCCGUUGGCGAGCGCGGACUCAAACUCUCGGGUGGAGAGAAGCAGCGAGUGGCGAUUGCGCGUGCGGUGCUGAAGGAUUCGCCGAUACUGCUGUACGACGAGGCGACGUCGUCCCUCGAUCCCAUCACGGAGAAGCACAUCAUGGCCGCUGUGGAUAAAGUUGCACGAGGAAGGACGAGCUUGUUCAUUGCGCACCGCCUCUCCACCAUCGUGGACGCAGAUGUCAUCUUCGUGCUGCGAGACGGGCGCAUCUCGGAGCGAGGAACGCAUUGGCAGCUGCUGCGUGACCCCAACAGCUUCUACUCGUACCUGUGGCACAACCAGCACAGCAGCAAGGCAGAUGACGAGCUCGCGCAGAAGAACAAAGAGGAAGAAGAGGCCAGGGCACAGCAAGAGCAGUUGAAGCCGUAGCAAGCCGUUCUGUUGAGAUGUUUUGCAGUGUUGGUUGUCGGUGUGUGUGUGUAUGUGUGUGUGUGUUCGUACGUGUAUGUGUGUUUGUCUGGCCCAGGCAUGGCUUGAGAGCCAGCCGCACUUGUUUGAUCACGUCACUGGCCAAGAGUGCCAUUGUGUCUUGAUUUGCGAUUGAAGAAAGUAAAGCUCGUCACAUUGCGUGAACAGUUCAGUCUCGG